CGGGCCUUCGCUCUGGUCCCGUGCCCAGUCCUACCACCCGGUCUCAUCGGCUAUCGUCCUUGCAGUCUUGCCCUCUCGGCGCAGAAAUUCGGCUGCCGCCCACCGGGACACGUCAGCGUGAGCCCCGGUGGCUCUCAGGCGCUCCGUUCUUGAUCAUCUGUUGAAAAUCGACUUCGCCUGACCACGGGCUGUCGGCUCAUUUCACAGCCUCGCCCACUCUUCGUCACCCAACGAACGUCCAAGAACGCUAAACAAUGGAAGAUUCGUCUGGGUUCGAGUCGUCCCCGUCUGCUAUGUCAAGCACUGUGGAAAGUGCAGCGAUGUCGGGCAUUGGUUUCAGCGAGAUGUCGAGUGUGGAUCCUGGGGAGGACGAGAACCGGAGCAUAUAUGUGGCUGCUGUACUCUGCCUGAUAUCCCUGGGGAUAGCCUGCCUGGUGAUCUUUCUCCUCGUUGGAACGAGUGAUUCCGAAGACGGACAAGAUGACUUCGGCAACAGCGGCGUUGGCGGUGGUGGCGGAGGUGGCGGUGGUGGCGGUGGUGGUGGUGGUGGCGGUAGCAGCCUCCCUCCUCCGGUACCAGUCAUUAUAGAAGCUAAAACGCCAGCCUCGACGACCUCUCCUCCAUCAGUAGUACCAGGAAGUGUACCGGGAGGACCGGUACCUCCAUCUGGGGGACCGGUUCCGCAACAAGAGGGACCAGCUCCCCAAUCUGGGGGGCCAGGCGCGCCCCAAGGGGGACCAGCGCCGCCAUCUGGGGGACCGGGUUCACCACAAGGGGGACGAGCUCCUCCAUCUGGGGGACCAGGUGUGCCCCAAGGGGGACCAGCGCCGCCAUCUGGGGGACCAGGUGUGCCCCAAGGGGGACCAGCGCCGCCAUCUGGGGGACCGGGUUCGCCACAAGGGGGACCAGCGCCGCCAUCUGGGGGCCCUGUUCCGCCAUCUGGGGGACCUCUAUCUCCACCUGGGGGACCAGUACCUCCACCGGCAAGACCACUUCCUCCACCGGUAGGACCAGCUCCCUCACCAACGCGACCAUCUUCUCCACCGGCGCAACCGACGACCGCGAAGCCGAAGCCGACACCGACACCGACGACGACACCGACGACGAUACCGACGACGAUACCGACGACGACACCGACGACCACACCGACGACGACACCGACGACCACACCGACGACGACACCGACGACGACACCGACGACGAAGACGCAGCUGCCGAUAUACCGGGAGCUUCUGUGUACAGUGGGCGAAUCCGCAGUCAUAAAGUCCAUGUACCCUCCAGACAGGAUGUGUACGUACUUGUACUACACACACGUGGUCAUCCUGGGAGACCGCAUACACGCCGCCAAAGUGGAGAACAGCUGGUCGAGUUUCAAGUAUGAGCCCUUGAAAUACGGCAACGUCGAGAUGGGAGCCUCCUUCGACUACCGGUACGUCACGGUGGACAAGAUACGAGGUGCCACCCGUGCUAUGACCGAGCUGUACGGUUACAACCGCAUUCGGAACUUCGGCGUGCUCAAUGUCGUCGCGAAGGCCGGUGACAUUCUCAAAGCAGUGCAGUCCAUGAAACCAGUUUUUGACGAGAUCUUUAAGCACUUUAAUGGCUCGCACAAUGUCAUUGCGAUCGGAGUGCGUGACUACAGUAGUCCGAGCAUGGUCAGCUUCGAACAGGCGGUCAAGCUGGCUUUAGAUUCAUUGGCCGUGGACACGGUUAUCGCCAUAUCUUCAGCGAUUUCGGCGGAGAGUAGAGCCGACUGCCGUGCCGUGCCUCCGAACAUCCUCAUAAGUUCGGCAGAGGAUAAGAACCCGAGCUUGGUCAAGCUGUGGCCCCUGCUGAAAAGGAACGCCACUGACAAACAGACCACAACGCUCGGACUUUCGUUCGAAAUGGGCACGCUGAUUUACGAGCUGACCAGCGACCAAAACGACCUGGCUAGCGCCAUCAACGCUAAAUGCUACAGAGGUUCCCUGACAGGCAGGGAAGCGCUCUGCGGAACGGCGAACAACGUCGACAAAGGCAAGCAAACGUUGGCCGCACCGUACGUCACGUACGGUGGAUUCCCGACUGCCGGUAACAAGAAGAGAGUCGUCUUCACGGACUACCAGCACUCAGCCACUGAAAGGUUCUUGAACGUCAGUGGCGGAACUGGCAGCGACGACCUUCGUAGUCGAGUGGCCUGGAUGCUGUUCAACGUGCACCUGGAAGACACGGGAAAGAAUUGCGGCGGUCUCAAGCCUUUCGAGCUCGAAGAGAGUUUCUGCAAAGCAUUUCUUCCGUCAGGCGAGGGAUGCUGAAACAACGCAGGCGAUUUGAAAGGAGGAAGAUAAAAAUGUAAAAAAAAUCAAUU